AUGAACAAUGGGCAAGGAGGUUACAACAAAGGAUAUUACAAUUACAAGUCCAACCCAGCCAUGUCAUACAGAAACACUUACGUUGCCAACCCCCAAGAUCAGGUCUACCCUCAACAACAGCAAACUCAAUCGAGUCAAGCUCCUCAACAUGGGUAUGGUCCUAAAAACAACUACCAAGGCCCUCAAGGGACUUUUCCUAGUCAGCAAAUGCACAUACCACCUGGCUUUCCCCACCAACCACCCCAGCCUGCGCCUACACUUGAGCAUGAGCUCAAGGCCAUGCUUAAACAGUUGCUCCAAGGGCAAGCGGAUGGUGUUGUGGAGACAAGCAAGAAGUUGGCUGAUAUCAACUCCAAGAUUGAGAACCUAAACUCUCUGCAAAGCUUAGGGCAAUUACCUGGUAAAGCCAUUCAGAACCCCAAGGAACAUUGCAAGGUCAUCUUCACUCAAGAAGGGCUUGAUGAAGAAAGGGGUCAAGAAAGAGUAAUGGAAGAGUUUUGUAUGCUGCUGAAUGACGACGAGAUGUUGCUGCUGAGGCUCCCGGAGUCCAGAAUGAUCAACCCGAAGUGCAACCUACUCCUAUAG